GCUCGUAGAUAGACGUAACGUUAGAAGGUGAUGUGAAGUAUGUUGUCUGCCACAACCAGAUAGCUAGCAGACUAACGGUGCAUUUUGGUUGAUACCACAUUUUAAGGAGUUGGACAACGCUUUCCUAGCUAAUAUUAAUGAUUGAAAGAGAAAACAUCUCACACCUAUUGCAUGACUAUAGAAAUUGAUGUUGAUUGUCAAAAACUCAGUAUAACAGUUAUCUAGUUAACGUAGCUACUAGCUAGAAAAAGUUAGCUAGACACUUGUAGAGCUAAUUUAGCUACUCGAGCUAGUUGCAAUGGAGUUGAGAAGUGGUUGUUUAAUUUAUUAUUAGCCAGUCAAAAACGCAUCAAACGUGAUGAAGGACCGGUUGGGUGAAUUAACCGAAAGCAGGACACAAGCAGAGGAGGAUGUCAGAGUCACAGUUGACAGUGAUGGAUUUAUGGAAGGGUUUUUCAGAAGGGUGGAAGAGGUUAGGGGGCUCAUUGAUAAGAUAUCUUCUGAAGUGGAGGAGGUGAGGAAGAACCACAGCAUGAUCCUGUCUGCACCCAAUACAGAUGAGAAGAUGAAAGAUGAACUUGACCGGUUGACCAAUGAGAUCAAAAGUGAUGCCAACUCUGUGCGAGUUAAGCUUAAAUCUAUGGAGCAGAGCCUGCCCAAGGAUGAUGUUUCUAACAGGGCCUCAGUUGAUUUCCGCAUUCAGAAAACCCAGCACACGGUGCUCUCCAGGAAGUUUGUGGAAGUCAUGAGUCAGUACAACAAGACUCAAGUGUCGUUUAGGGAGAGAAGCAAAGGAAGGAUCCAGAGACAGCUGGAGAUAACUGGGAGAGUGACUAGCAAUGAGGAACUGGAGGACAUGCUGGAGAGUGGCAACCCAUCCAUUUUCACAUCUGAUAUCAUCUCUGACUCUCAGAUCACGCGGCAGGCCUUGAAUGAGAUUGUGUCACGGCACCAGGAUAUCAUCCGACUGGAGUCCAGCAUCAAGGAGCUCCAUGCCAUGUUUAUGGACAUGGCCAUGCUGGUGGAGAAUCAGGGGGAUAUGAUCAACAACAUAGAGAACAACGUCUCCAAUGCAGCUGAAUACAUAGGCCGUGCCAAAGAGGAGACCAAAAAAGCUGUGAGAUACCAGAAAAAAUCCCGGAGGAAACUCAUCCUCCUUGCCUUUGCUCUAUUGAUCCUGCUUGCUGUCAUUGCACUAAUUAUUGGCCUGUCUGUUGGACUAACCAAAUCCCCUGUAUGAGUCCUGUCCUGCUCUCUGUCUGGGGUAAUUACUACUGUGCAUUUUAUCAUGAUCAACAUAACAUUCAACAGCAAUUCCUUCCAUUCACAUCCCGACGCCGGCGGGUUUUUGACUUCUAACCCUUUUUAAACAUUGUGUGUUUGAGCUACAGACUUCUGCGUUGUACCAUUACAUGUGUCUAUUUCUUCUCCGUCUGUUGGUUAACGGGGGCUGAGCUAGAGCGGUGUUUGUGAGAUAAGGGCGGAUCACGAAGGGGCCCGGGGCUGGGUGUUUUUACAAAAACGUCUGUAGACUGAAUUGUUUGAGAUACAAACUAUGAAAAGCUGCUCUACGAUGCUCACUAGCUACACAAGAGUCGUUAGAAGGUAAGGGGUUCUUCUGCAUAGAAGAUCACAGGAAAUCCAAGGACAUAGUGUCUAUAAUACUAUAAGAUCACAUAGUUGCUGUCACAAUCUCCAAACUCCACACAGUUGUCACUGAAUAGUUGGAUAUUCAUUUACCACUCAAAAAGCCAUUUCUGUACUUACAGCAUGUAACGGCUGUCUACUUCCUCCUCCUCGGAUGAGGAGAAGGAGUAAGGGUCGGACCAAAACGCAGCGUUGUAUGAAGACAUAAAUUAAUUUAUUAAACAAGACGAACACUGACACGAAAUACACUUGAAUAACUACAAAACAACGUAGACAGACCUGAACAUGUAACUUACAUAAUAACACAAAGAACGCACGAACAGGAACAGACUACAUACACGAACGACAACAACAAAACAGUCCCGUGUGGUGCGACAUACACAGACAUGGAAGACAAUCACCCACAAACAAACAGUGAGAACAGCCUACCUUAAUAUGGUUCUCAAUCAGAGGAAACGUCAAACACCUGCCUCUAAUUGAGAACCAUAUCAGGCAACACAUUUAACCAAACGUAGAAACACAUAACAUAGAAUGCCCACCCCAACUCACGCCCUGACCAACUAAACACAUACAAAAACAAUGGAAAACAGGUCAGGACCGUGACACAGCAUUCAUAUACAUUUCAUUUUUUAUCAGGGGUUUUGCUUUGGCAGACCUUUUUUUUAUUGACAUUUGUCAAUAAAUUUGACAAUAAAACCCAUGAAUGUAACUGUUUAUGUCAAGUUGUUUUGUUUUUUACUUGUAGCCCUGGUUGUCCUGAAAAGUGGUAAAUGGUAAAACACUUCAUUGUGAGGCUAAAUAUAAGGGCUGGACAUGCAGAUAAAUAAAAGUCAGAUAAAUGAAAAGCUGAUUUUUGCUGGGCUCUUGGGACUAAUAGUGUUAACACAUUGAGGUACUGUUCUUGAUAGUGGUUGAUAUAGCGGGCCAGUUUUGAUUUAGAGAAUUUGAGAAUCACAGUAAUGGGUAAAUUGCCAAGUUAGGUUCAUAGUAACUACAUUCAAAUAGAUGAACACAGAUGCAAUUAUGUCGGUUGAAAUUGGUCAUUUUGGUUUGAUAUGUACUAAAUGAACAGUGAACCAAAUGUAUCUUCCUCUCUCACAGAAAUUGUUCUGGCUUGCCAUUUGUGUGGCACUGGCUCUCCUCAUAGUCAUCAUAAUAGCAACAAUAUUUGACUGACCAUUACGAGGCCGCACUGUUCAGAACAGCAGAUGAGUCUACAGCAGUUUCUCACACCUUUGGGGCCAAGUUCCAGUCAUCAUACCCUGCUCAAUUUUCAACUACUCCUCUAAUACCAAGACGGGCAUUUCACUUCUCAGAGGACAAUAGAUCCAGCUGUAUCCACCAUGUUAUUACAAUAUUACACCUCUUGACUCCAUAUAAUGGCUGAGUCAGUGGCCUUGGCUUACACAAUUUCACAGAAGUCCUAGGGCUCCUAGGAAAACACUCUCUCUUGCUGCAAUAAUACAGGGUAGCCUUUUUUACUGUCCGUGCAAGUAACUAGAAUGAAGUCUCUACAGGAUUGCCAUAGGCUACAUGUCAACAAUGACUACCAUUGCAAACUACAUAGACAGACAAAGACUCACCUCUACUGCUGCCAUAAAGGCUAAUAACACGUUACAUGGUAAGUAGAGAGAUGUCACUUUCAAACUUUACUGAGCAGAAUGAUUUUUAUCUACACCAUAAUUUAGUCACUUUAAAGCAAUUCAUUUCUAGCUCUGUGUUAAAAUAUCAACUUCAGUUUAUGUAAUUUUGUUCAAUUUAGUGUAACGACCAGAACAAGAUGAUUUCAUACAGCUUAGGUGUAAUGUUUUUUUCCUUGUGAUGAUCAUGACUAAAUGUGCCUUAAGAGAACCGAACACUAUAAUACUUAAGUGUACUAAUUAAUACACUCCCAAUGAAAACUUUGAUUGGAAACCAU